CUCGUGUCUUUCUGAAAUUCGGCCUCCCACUUUGGUGAAGUUGAAAGCCUAAUCUACCUUCAGACUAUCAAGGUCUUUGAACAUUUCUGUCAGCAUUAGAGAGUACAAGAUGGAUAAAUGCAUACUCUGCAGACGCCGCUAUGGUCCGAAUCACUCAUGUAACAAGUCCUUGGAUGGUAAAAAUCAUUGGAAAUUUGAAAUCCUUGGACGCGAAGAAUGUACAGAAGAGUUCAAUUCUUUGCCUGAGAAAGAACGGAAUUUGGCGUAUGUCAAUGACUCGGAUGACUAUAACCACAAAGACACAGGGACGCUGGGUUCAGAGAAAGGCUCUGAAGAAGACAAUGCAGACAGUCACCACAGCAAGCUCGUGAGCAGCAUAGCUGGCAUGCUUGGCCAGCCCGCUCACUCAGACAUUACAAUCUCGGUACAAAAUGUCAUGAUCCCUGCCCACCAAUUUGUAUUAUGCUCUCAGAGCUCGCGAUUUGAAGAAGCGUGUAAAGAAGCCAUUAGCAACGGUGGGAGUGUACUGAAAUGCGAUGAAGGAACUGGAGCCGCACUGUGGAGAGUCUUAGAAUAUUUAUACACCGGCGAUUAUUCUGACAUCUUGUCUAAUGCUCAAAUUCAAGAGGAUCCAGAACUACUUAAACACUUGCGCGUCCACAUGUUGGCACAUGCGUUUCUUAUAAGAGACCUAAGAAAAUAUGCUUUAAUGAGGUUUAAGAAGCAUGCAAGUAACUGCUGGGAUAGCGAUGUAUUUACUAUAGGUGUUCACGAGAUUUACCAAUCUCAUCGGCAGUAUUCCUCUCCAACGCGGAUUGCUGUGGCCCGCCUUGCGGUGGAACAUGCUCAUGACUUAAUUACGACAGAAACAUUCAACGACCUUAUCCGUAUGGGAGGAAAUUUCGUUAUUGAAUUUGUUGAACAUCUGCUGGGGAAACACAAGCUAUAGUUCUGUAGCAUAUUGAUCUCACCAAAUCCGAGCGUAUCGAACACUAUGUCCUAACGAAAAGCCAUCGUUUU